AAAAAAAAGAACGGUUCGCGGACGGACGGGAGCCGGCUCUUUGAACCGGCUCGUUCGCGACCGACACAUCACUAUCAGCUGCAGCUCCGACCCGGUCAUCGUCUCUGAUGAUGGCAAGAGCUCCCAGCCGGAGAAGAAAGCCUGGAGCAGAAACACAGACAAUGUUGAAGACGCUAUGUGUUGGACGGUAGCAGAGGAAACAAACGCACAGGCAGGAGAGAAGCCUGCAGAGUAACCUGGUAAAGAUGAAGUCCAGGAGAGCCAGACCUCCUGACGGGGGCUACGGCUGGGUGGUGGUCAUGUCGGCCUUUUUCAUCAUGGGCCUCACAGCUUCCGUCCUCAAGAACUUUGGCCUCUUCUUCCUCGACAUCCAGAAUCACUUUGGAGUCCCAACCAGCACCACCUCAUGGGUCACCUCAACUACGAUCGCAAUGUUUCACCUAGGAGCUCCAGCGGCCAGUGUGCUGACCUUACAGUUUUCUCAGAGAGUGGUCAUCAUAGUCGGAGGCCUGCUGGCUGCUUCUGGGAUGUUGCUGGCAUCUCUGGAUCUCAGUCUUCCCUGGCUCUACCUCACCAUAGGCAUCCUCCAAGGACUGGGCAUCUCCUUCUCGUGGAUCCCCGCCAACAGCAUGGUGAGCCACUACUUUGUUCGGUGGCGCCCCAUUGCCUACGCCAUCGCUAGCUCAGGAGAGUGUGUCUUUGCUGUCGUGUUCAGCCCAUUCUUCCAGUGGCUGAUUGAGAUGUACAGCUGGCAGGGUGCCUUACUCAUCAUCGGAGGCCUUCAGCUCAACCUGUGUGUCUGCGGCGCUCUCAUGAGACCCCUGGAGACAGUACAAGAAACCAAAGACAGUCUAGAGGGCAAUACCACUGUGCUCCCAUCAAAGAGGAAGGUUAUCUUCCAGUGCUCCCUGAUGAGAGAACCUGAAUUUUUCCUCUACAUCCUGUUUGCCAUCUUUGCAGCAGCAGGUUUUUUCAUCCCACCUCUCUUUCUAGUGCCUUUUGCCAGCAGUUUGGGGAUGGAUAAGUACUGGCCAGCCUCGAUCCUCUCCGUCCUGGCUUUAGCAGACCUUGCAGGGAGGUUGAUCUGUGGGUGGAUAGCUAACAUGAGGCUGUGGAGAAACCUGCAGCUGCUCACCAUGGUGGUGACUCUGCUCGGGGUGGUGCUCCUGCUGCUGCCAAUCAGCCACAACUACUGGGCCAUCGUGGUCUUUGCCUCGCUCUACGGCUUCCUGUUUGGCUGCGUGGUGGCCAUUCACAUUACCUCAAUUGUAGAUAUUGUAACUCUUGAGGGUUUCGACAACGGGCUUGGGCUCUUCAUGCUUUUCAGGAGUAUCGGUGGCUUCAUCGGUCCACCUGCUGCAGGCUGGCUAGUGGAUGCAACCAAUGACUACAGCACUGCCUUCUACCUCUCAGGCCUCUGCCUCAUUUCGUCAGCAGUGUUCGUCGUCCUGGUCGACCGCUUCGUUCAGAAGAGAAAAGCAGCGGAGGCUGAAGGUCAUCAGCCGAACAUCCAGGAGGACUGGGAAGCAGGAAAGGUCAAGUGAGACUCUAUUCCAUCAGGUUUUUUACCUCAAUGAACUUCAGGUGCCUGAAAGACUCGUUGUUUAAGUGAGUUUAGUUGUGUCCUCUUUUACUUGAUGUAAGAGGCUGUUAAUGAAUCCUUGCCUCUGUUAUUUAUUGGUUAUGACGCUAUGUUGGUUACGUUCACACAUGUGAAUGCAGGUGAGUGACCGUCUGUGAAAUAUAUAAAGUGCAGGGUGUACCACACAUGGAAAUCAGUUAUCUGGUGGUUGGGGGUCGACCACUUACAUAUUUGUUAUUGGUCGUGUGACCAAUAAGAAAUACCACCAAGCUCACUAAAGUUAGACUCCACGUAAGGAAGCAAACUUUGUUUGCAACCGGAUUUUAUUUGCUUUGCAAUUGUUGGUUUUACCUAGGAUUUUUUUACAAUACGAAAUAUGUGGAACAUUACCAGAUGUAUCCUUUAACCGUGUCUUAUGCAGUAUUACAAUAGAUACUUUUGAUGGAAUAAUUCCAUCAUAUUAAAUUGUCUUUUUAACAAGUUGAAUACCUUUUUAAAGUAUUUUUAAGAAAUGCAGAAAUAUUAUGUUUCUUUCUUUGAAGCUAUAGGACUCCUGUAUAUCAUCAGGGCUGUUAACCACACAUAGGUCAGGCUGCAGUGUGGAGCUGUGCCGUUUCUGUUGCAACUUUGCAGCUGUAAAUAUAUCUCUGGUGUCUGUGAUGAGUGUUGCCUUUCCGUGUUACUGGUGUGUUGAGUGUUCUGUUGUCAUGGCGAAGCUCUUUAUUAUUUAUUAGUAGUAUCAUUUCUCUUGUCCAGUCAGUUCAGGUCUUCCUAUGCAGACUAAAGAUGAAGGAAUCUAGAACUUUUAACCAUUAAAAAUAAUAAUUUUCAAACAUCUCCAGUUCUCAAUUUCACCUUUUCCUCCUUGAAGAAGUCAUGCUUUCAGCCAUUUCAUGAAGAAAUCAAAGGUUUCAUGUUAUUUCGGUUUUAAAGUUUUGUCUUACUAUGAAAUAUUUUUUACACCACCAUUUUAUGUAAAAGUUAAACAGGCAACAUUUUAAGAAAUAAACCCCUGCCCUGAUGUUUUUAAAGUCA